AUGUCCAAGGUGUCGCUGAGCUCUAUCCCAACUGCCGCUGCGCUAUACCAGGCUGGGAAGCUCAAGGCCGCGGCGGGCAAGUCGCAGCAGGCAUUCGCAGGCCUGGCAGAUCGCAUCGGCUUGUGGCAGGGAGACAUUACAAAGCUCGACGUCGGGGCAAUCGUCAAUGCGGCCAACACCAGCUUGCUAGGCGGAGGAGGUGUAGACGGCGCAAUCCACCGAGCCGCCGGCAAGGACCUCCUAGCUGAGUGUCGUACCCUCAACGGCUGCGAGACGGGCGAGGCCAAGCUCACACGCGGCUAUAACCUCCCGGCUCCCUAUAUCAUCCAUACCGUCGGCCCCGUCUAUGCCAAGACGAAAGUCGAAGCUAGUCGAGAGAAGCUCGCGGGUGCAUACCGCAAUAGUCUGCUGCGCGCUGCUGAAAAGGGAGGAGAGAUCAAGACGGUCGCCUUUCCCAGCAUCUCGACGGGCGUCUAUGGCUACCCGAUCGAGGACGCUACGAGAGUCGCACUAGAGACUGUGGGGCAAUUCUUGCAGUCCGAAGAUGGAGCGGGAUUGGAGAGGGUGAUAUUCUGCACCUUUAGCAAGGCAGACUAUGAAGUGUACGAGAGGGGCGUGCCGGACUACUUCCCGCCUUCUUCGUGA